AUGGGUGGCUGUGACAUGAACGGUAACCUGUAUGAGGAGAAGUUUAGUGCACCAAUGCCUUGGAUUGGCAUGUAUGUAGCAGCAGCAUCCUUGGCCUGUCUGAUUGCAAUGGCUGCAGAUGUAAUCCUCGGCAUCCGGCACCAUAAGUACUGGUUUCCCUGCAAGUUCUUCUCCAUUAAUGCCACAUCUCUGACCUUGAUAGGUAUAGCCAUCAAAUUGUCGGUGGAUCUGAACACUCCCAUGCCCAACCGUCAUGACCAGCUUGCAAAGCUUAGCAGUUCUGCCUUGAUCUGCACAGCAAUGGCUAACUCCAUGCCGUCUCUUGGAGCCAUGGAAAAUGAAGAGAUGUUCAUGAAUGUAAUUGCCUUGGGAAUUCUAGUCAUCACCCUUAUUGUCAAUAUUUGCAUCCAAUUAGCUACCGGUGCAAUCUUUGUUUUCUGGAAGGAGCACGCUUCGGUUAUGUUCAUCAUGCUUGUUUUGCUCCUCAUGCUGAUUUUCUCGGCUUUAACCGUUCCAACAACAAAGAAUUAUUUAGAAAAAGGGUACAAGAAAAGAUACCAAUUAUCUUCAAAAGAAUGCACAAAUGCAAGUGGUAGAAAAGAAGUUACCAAACUCAGAGACACAUUGACAAAGCUUUGGCUGAUGGCUCACACCUCUAGCCCUCAAUUUGUGAUGGGCAGGUCAGUGACAUGCACUGCUUCUGGAGCUUUCUGUCUUUUGAGUGCCAUGAUUUUGGCCCAAGCCAUGUUUAGAACAUACUUGAUGCCAUGGUCCAUUAAGUUUUGCAGCGGGGAAUCAGACUACAAAUUGACAACCACUUUGAUUCUAUUUACGCAAGCAGUUGCAGUAGGAGUUGGUACUAUUUCCCCGUCGUUUAGAUGGUUCAUAGCCAUCAACUUUAAGUGCCCGAAAAGAGGAAAUAUAAGCUACAGAAAAGAAUUCGAAAUAGAAAGGUACUGGAUUCAGGGGCUUGCGGAGUUGAAAAAGUGUCCAUUAACUUUUAGAAUCAAAUCUCGGGACUGCAGGAAACUUGCACAUGAAGCAAGAAACAAACUUUUGGACUUGUGUAUUGCAAUGCAAAAGGGGAUUGUCCUAUCAAGUAAAGCAAUUCGAUUCAUUUCCAUUUUCUUGGUGAGUCGGAUCUUUUUACUCAGCGACUUGUUCAGGGAGUGGAAGAAAAAGAAGUUGGAAUUCGACUCCAUCCCAAUGUCCCAGAAAAACCCAAGGCAAGAUCUUAGUAAUUAUGUUCUGUAUCUUGAAGGUGAGGAUGCGUUGGUUCAUUACAUGAUGAAUUCCAACUGUGAUGCUACUGAUCAUUGGAUUCAGAAGGGAACAAAAGAAGAACCCAAGCAUCUCAUUAAGCUAUUGGGGAAAUCAACAGCCUCACAAGGAUUCAAAGGAGUGGCAGAGUUUGACAGUGAUCAAGUUCCCUCUCUACAAUGUGAAGAACCUCCAAAUUGUUGGGCUCUUCCUGUUGUGACACUAACAAGUAUUGCACUUGCACUUCCAAACAUCGGUUCUGGUUCAAUCGAAAAUCUGAUAGAUGGGGUACAUGAAGGGCUCAUGUACAUGAAUGCCAUUGAGAAACAGCUGGAUAGCAAAGGAGAUCUUGCCAACAUCAGAAAGGCGGCAGGGGUCGUGUGGCUAAGAGUUGAUCUAUAUCACACAUGGCUAGAUUUGGAUCUCGGAAGAUUGUCACGUCAAGGGAAGUGUCUAAAGGAAACACUUGAAGAACUUUCUGAAACUGCAAAAUCCAUAUUUGAAGAAUGUAGAAAGCGGAAGAUGAGUAAGGAGAAUGUGUGUUCGAGAGAUAUCCCUUCCAAAUGGUCUGUUAAGGAGCUUGCCGCUAAUUCCAUGUACAGGAUAAGCCAAACUCUUCUGCUAAAUCCUAAAGGAAAAAUCAAUGAAUCAAGUGAGAGAUUAUAUGAAUCAAUGGUUGUGAUGAUCUCUGACAUAAUGGGUGCGUGUCUCACAAAUUUACAGGAAGCUGUGGCAAUCAAGUGUUUUAACAGCACAAUUGAAGAGAGGGAGGAAAGUGUGAGACUUGCAGUUCAUGUUCUUGGUAAAACUGAAAGGAUUCUUUAUAUUGUGGAACCUGGUAUUCCUUCAAAUUUGGAUCAUCACCAAAUGGCAUGCAUUGAUGAGUGGCGUUUGCCACGGAAACCCCAGAUCAAUUUCAAGGCCUGCACAUCAUUUCCAAUAUCAGAGAGUGACAGGGAUUCUUCGGCAGGCUCAAGUGAUCACUUUUACCUGCCGAUGGAUUAG